AUGGAGCGUUGGCGCGAUCGGGUGGCGAUAGUAACGGGUGCCAGUGCCGGCAUCGGCUGGGCGAUAGCGAGAGCCCUCAUCGAGGCCGAUCUGUAUGUGGUGGGCUUGGCGCGUCGCCAUGAGCGGAUGUUGGAGCUGCGAGACUCGCAACUGGGCAGUGAGGAGCAGCGAAAACGCUUUACAGCGAUCGCCUGCGAUCUCAGCGACUUGGACUCCAUACGAGCCGCCUUCGAGCAGGUGGAAAGAUUGCCCUGCAGCCGAGACGGCGUCCACGUGCUGAUCAACAAUGCGGGCAUGGCCAGCUACUCACGUCUGCUGGACGAAGGCAAUGAAAAGGCGCUGCAACGCACCAUGGACGUCAACCUGAUGGGGUCGGUGCAUUGUGCCAAGCAGACGUAUCGUCUGAUGCAGCCGGCCUUGGCUGCUGGACAGGCGUGUCAUGUCAUUAAUGUGUGCAGCCUGCUGGGGCACAGGAUUCCCCCCCACAUACCUGGCUGUGGCUUCAACCUCUAUCCAGUGGCAAAGCAUGCAUUGCGGGCCCUCAACGAGGUGCUGCGUCGAGAGUUCCAGCCCCAUAAACUGCUUUUGCGUCUGUCGAACAUUAGUCCCGGCUUAACGCACACGGAGUUCAGCGAGGCAGCAUCCAGGAAUAGCGAAUCUACGGCAGAGGCUACACCGUCCACCAAACAAACAACUUCGACUUCUGUAUCUGUGCCAGAGUUCGGAGGAGCUUGGCUGCAACCGGAGGAUGUGGCGCGAGGCGUGCUCUUCAUACUCGGCUCCCCCCAGCAUGUCAGCGUCGCAGAAUUGCUGAUGGUACCCACGUGCGAGGAGUACUGAGAACAGGAUGACUAAUUCUAAAUAGCAUAAGUGAUGGUGUCUGGGACUUCAGAUAUUCAGAUAUUUGCUUGGUUGUGCACACAGUAGUUUUAAAAUAAAAUUUUGAAUAUACCUUCA